GGUUUUCAAAUUCGCCAACGCGACCGACCACCACGCUUCGACGUCGGGCGCAUAAUUAUCGUCAACACAAGAAUCGUAACCAUUCCACGGUUAAAUACACAGUUAGCGGUGAAGAAAGCAUUACUGGCAAAGAAAGCAUUACUGGCAGUGCAGGAUCAAUAAACAGAACACAGGAAUCUAAUGUUACUGCACAUUUAACACCAUCUGAUGAUAAUAAAUAUACUGGAACAUUUUCCACGAUUCUAAUGGACCCAAUGUCGAAUAUGAGUUUACGAGGAUUAUUAUUUGCGAUUUUAGUUCUAUUGUUUGCAGCGAAUAUCUCUUCAUUUAUGUACAGUAAAAAUUAUAGCAGAUUUGCCGAGUCUUCCACGAAAGUUGUCCCAUCAGUCCCCGCAGUAUAUAUUCGUGAUUUGGAAGAGCAAGUGUUCAAUAUAAGUAACGAAAAAGUGUUGUAUAGUGUUGUGGAUCCUGAGAG